AUUAAGCUUCAAUAUUCUGGAGGGCAUCGGGUGUUUGUAUUCAAGUGCUAGUGGUUCAAUGUGGGGGACAAGAAGAAUGGAAUAAGGAUGGAUGGACACUUGACGAGCAUGAACAUGGAUAGAAAAUGGUGUACGGAGGACCCAUAUGUAUUGGCCAGUCAGGCUAACCAAGUGUUCUACAUUGCGGAUAUUAAGAAUGGUGGUGCAUGGCAUAUCGUCCACAAGGUAUGUCCAAGAAGUUUGUACGAUGUUCCUGAGAAGGAGGAAGCGGGACAUGGGGAUCCAGUGUAUGAAAAUCAGCCAUACCAACAAGAUGUGGACAUUUCUGAUUUUAAUGUCAGUGAAAGCGACUUAGCGGAUUUGAGUCGUGAUGACGAGGCAUCAACAAUCAUUACUGAGCCAGUCAUACGAGCCAAUGAUCGACGAGCUGGAGCAGUGGUAGCAAGCGAUGAGGAGAUAGAGGACGACACUUUAGAUGACCAUCAUUUCACCACGAAUGAAACUGAACACCCAGAUGGGAAUGAUCCAUCCUUUAGUGACGAGGAAGAAGCAUAACAGUACAUUAAACCCAGGUGCCCUUUAUAUGUUUGCAGAAUAUUUUUUUACAUAGAUAUGUACCAAUUUUUUGGGGGCCAUAGUUGUUUUUGAACAAUUUUUUUGGGCCUUAGUUUCAUUUUUACAGAUUUCUGGGUUUAUUAUAUGAAGAAUAUUGAAUAUAGCCUUCAAUUUUUAUCGAUGUUACUUGAGUCUGAAAAUGGGGUUUAUUUUUUCGUAUAUGAACCCAGGCAAAACAUAAAGCUAGAUCGUCUCUGGUUCAAUGAAUUUUAAUGUUUGAU